AGAUGGCAUCCUCCAGUGACUUGUUUAGAAAUUAAUAAAUUUUUAAUUUAUUCAUCAGUUCCAUAUUUAGAUUUAUAGCACAUAGUUGUAACCUCUGACAACAGACACAAUUCUUUCUAACGAGGAAAGGAUGGCUUCAUUUCAGUCGUUUGAGCCGCCACCAAGGGAGGUGAAACCAUCGUCGGGAGCUGUCAAAAUAGUGGAAAAGCAGGCACAAAGAAGAAUCUUUAAAAUCAUAGUGAUUGGCGAUUCUAAUGUGGGCAAAACAUGUUUGACUUAUCGAUUUUGUAGUGGUAAAUUUCCUGACAAAACAGAAGCUACCAUUGGUGUUGAUUUUAGGGAGAAAAGUAUUGAUGUUGACGGGGAGCACAUUAAGCUACAACUGUGGGAUACUGCUGGUCAAGAGAGAUUUAGAAAAAGUAUGGUACAGCAUUAUUAUAGAAAUGUUCACGCAGUGGUUUUUGUAUUUGAUGUAACCAAAAUGAGUUCGUUUGAAGAUAUGCCUCAGUGGAUAGAAGAAUGUGAUCGGCAUAAUUUAAACAAACAACUUCCUAGAAUAUUAGUUGGUAACAAGUGUGAUGUGAAAGACAAAAUAGCAGUGAACACAAAUUUGGCACAAAAAUUUGCUGACAGUCAUAACAUGCCAUUGUUUGAAACUUCAGCUAAGGAUGACGAAAAGGCCAAUCACGUGGAUGCCAUUUUCAUGACUUUGGCACACAAACUGAAAAAUGCGAAACCCAUGAUGUCACCACAUUUAGCCAGAUUCACGCCAGGAGAGAGACCAGAAGUGAUAAAUGUAAGAGGAAGUCCACAUCAUCGUGGUUUGCAGACGGCGAAUCCUCAAUCAUCAGAAAACAAGGAUAAUUGUGCCUGCUGA